AUGACAGCAUCGUUUGAACAAUUUUUGACGAACGAUCCACUCAAUACUUAUGAAGACUUAGAUAAGUAUGAAAAAGAAUGGAAGCCCAAAGUUGAAAAUUACAGAAGACUUUUGGAAGGAGGCAUUGUGCCCGAAUAUAAAAUUAAGUUGCCAGGAUCCAUUGAAUCAUUGGCGUCACAGGGUUUUAAUCCCUUAAAGUAUUUGCACCAAGCUAAACUUUUGAGUGAUAAAGAGUUUGAAAUCACCGAUUCCACAGGAUCUGCAUUAGUAAGCAAAAUAGCUCUGGGACAACUCAGUUCAGUGGAUGUAUUCAAUGCGUUUGCUAAGAGAGCGGUAAUAGCCCACCAAUUCACCAACUGUGCGUUAGAGUUGUUCACCGAGGAAGGGUUGGAAAGGGCUAAAUAUUUGGAUGACUACUUCAAGAAAAAUGGCAAAACCAUUGGCCCAUUACAUGGAUUGCCUGUAUCCUUGAAGGAGCAGAUGAGCUAUAAGGGGAAAGUUACCCAUGGUAGUUAUGUUUCGAAAAUUACUAAUGUCACGGAAGAACAUAGUGUUACCACACAAGUUUUAGAAAAAUUGGGGGCUGUUUUCUACGUUAGAACAAACCAACCGCAAACAUUGAUGCAUUUAGAUUCCAAUAACAAUUUCAUUGGACUUUCUAGGAACCCAUACAAUUUGGGAUUAUCCUCGGGUGGGUCUUCUUCAGGUGAAGGUUCGAUUGUAGGAUUUGGUGGAUCUCCAUUAGGGGUGGGUACUGACAUCGGUGGAUCAAUUAGAGCACCUGCUGCAUAUUCUGGGUGUCAUGGUUUAAGACCUACUACUCGUAGACUUUCUACUCGUGGUGGUGUUUCGAGUAACUUGGGUCAAGAAAGUGUUCCUUCUGUUUCUGGACCUAUGUCGAGAUCAAUUGAUGACAUUGAUUUGUAUAUGAAAACUUACAUUAAUCAGGGUAAGCCUUGGGAACUUGAUGCCUGGUGCAUCCCAUUGCCAUGGAAAGAGGUACUAAAGCCAGAACCAAAAGAUCUUACUAUUGCCGUUAUGUAUGAUGAUGGGUUAGUUAAAGUAUCCCCUCCUAUUCAAAGAGCCAUAAAGCAGGUAAUUUUGAAGCUUGCAAAUGCGGGAGCAAAGAUAGUGGAAUUCAAGCCAAUUAGAACUGUAGAAGCCUAUGAAACUAUUAAUAAAUUGUACAAUUGUGACGGAAACUCCAUGCAAAGAAAAUUAUUAGGAGAUUCAGGCGAACCAUUAACUAAAUUAACAAAAUGGUGCUUGAAUUAUGGUGAUGGUGAUAAAGUAUAUUCUGUACCUGAAAACCGUAAGUUAAAUGAUAUCAGAGAUUCUUUAAGACAAGAAUACACUACUUAUCUUGUGGAAAACAAAAUUGAUUUUAUUUUAUGUCCUACCUAUAAUAAUGUGGCACCACAGCCAGAAUGUGUGUAUAAUUGGUCGUACACUUCGUUGUUUAAUUUAUUGGAUUUUCCAACUUUAGCAUUCCAAACUGGAAUGUUCCAAGAUCCAAAGCUUGAUACUUGGGAUCCAGAUCAUCAAAACUACAAAUAUAGAAGUGAUUUGGAAAAAUUAGAAUGUAAUAAUUAUGAUCCAGAAAUUUUCAAAGGUGCUCCAAUUGGUUUGCAACUAGCCGGUAAGAGAUAUUCUGACGAAUCUGUUGUUGCUGCUGGGAAAACAAUAAUUGAAAUUUUGGAUGUCGACUUAUAUAAUGUAGAAUUAUAA